GUCAAAUGAACACAAGAAAGACAGUCUGGUAACCAAUAAACUUCUGAAAAACAUCUUUUCUCCCACUGACUACUCAUUUUCAACGGAAUGUGGGCCAGCUGUCUGAGAAGUAAAACAUGGGUCCAUUUGAAAUGACGCUGAGGCGUUAGGGGGUGGGUGUGUCUCUUCUCCAUGCCUUCCCUGUGACCCCGGACUCUCCCUCCGUCCUCUCUGGGUGGGGAAGGCUCCCAAAAUGGGGCUACUUCAGAAGGAAGGCAGUUCCAUCUGCUGCGGACAGAGAAGGAAUAGACCCUGAGGGAAGGAGGGCUCUAGCCCCAACUGGGAGUGGUGGGAAGCCAAGACUGGAGGGAAUCAGGAAAGCAGACACUUUGGCAGCUGCGGACAAAAGCUGUGGGCAGUCAUAGGCUCUGGGUCAGCCCCUGCCUCCCACACCCCUGAGCACUCUUAAAGGAGACACGGGCCUGCCACAGUUCAAGCAGACGUCUUCAGCAAGAAGGCUGGACCGCAUGCCUGGAGUAGCUCCUCGGGGCUAUAGCGCCCUGCAGCAGGAGGCCACGCACAGCUGUCCCUGCCCAGGUCCCACCAUGGACUCUGAGUACGAGAUGGGCCACAUCCGCAAGCUGCAGGCCCAGCACACACGGAUGCAGGAGAAGACCUUCACCAACUGGAUCAACAACAUCUUCCAGCAUGGCCGGGUGGGCAUCAAGAUCCAGAGCCUGUACACAGAGCUGGGUGAUGGCACCCACCUGCUGCGGCUCCUGGAGCUCAUCUCAGGGGAGGCCCUGCCACCCCCCAACCGGGGCCGCCUGCGUGUGCACUUCCUGGAGAACAACAGCCGAGCACUGGCCUUCCUCAGGGCCAAGGUGCCAAUACCCCUGAUUGGGCCAGAGAACAUUGUAGACGGAGACCGGACGCUCAUCCUGGGACUCAUCUGGGUCAUCAUUCUUCGUUUCCAGAUUUCCCACAUCUCCCUGGACAGGGAGGAGUUUGGGGCCAGCGCAGCCCUGCUGUCUGCCAAGGAAGCUCUGCUGAUCUGGUGCCAGCGGAAGACAGCCAGCUACUGCAACGUGAGCAUCACUGACUUCUCCUGCAGCUGGAGAGAUGGGCUCGGCUUCAACGCCCUCAUCCAUGCCCACAGGCCAGACCUGAUUGACUACAGCUCCCUGCUCCCGGAGCGCCCCCUGCACAACCUCCACCUGGCUUUCCACGUGGCCGAGCAGGAGCUGGGCAUUGCCCGGCUGCUGGACCCCGAGGACGUGGCAGCUCUGCAGCCUGACGAGCGCUCCAUCAUGACCUACGUCUCCCUCUACUACCACCAUUUCUCCCGCCUGCACCAGGGCCAGACUGUUCAGAGGAGGCUCGCUAAGAUUCUGCUUCAGCUCCAGGAGACAGAGGAGCUGCAGACCCAGUAUGAGCAGCUGGUGGCCGACCUGCUACGCUGGAUUGCAGAGAAGCAGGUGCAGCUGGAGGCACGGGAUUUCCCAGACUCACUGCCUGCCAUGAGCCAGCUACUGGUGGCCUUUGCCUCCUUCCGCACCCAGGAAAAGCCACCACGGCUGCAGCAGCGAGGGGCCACAGAGGCCCUGCUCUUUCGGCUGCAGACAGCGCUCCGAGCCCAGAACCGAAGGCCCUUCCUGCCUUGUGAGGGCCUGGGCCCUGCAGCGCUGUCCCAGCGCUGGGCAGGGCUGGAGCGGGCAGAGGCUGCACGGAGCCAGGCCCUGCAGCAGCAACUACUGCAGCUGGAGCGGCUAGAAACCCUGGCCCGGCGCUUCCAGCGAAAGGUGGUCCUUCGGGAGAGCUUCCUGAUGCACACGGAACACGGGCUGGACCAGGUGGGAGCCCUGCUGGCCAGCCCAGCCCUGGUGGAGGCAGCCACCCAGAGGCUGGGCAUGCUGGAGGCUGGCCUCCUGCCCCAGGAAGGGCGCUUCCAGGCCCUAGCCGAGAUUGCAGACAUUCUCCGGCAGGAGAGGUACCAUGGCUGGGCAGAUGUGGCCCACAGACAGAUGGAGAUCACCCGACGUUGGGAGAGGCUCCUUCAGCAUCUCCAAGGGCAGAGGAAGCAGAUGGCAAGCAGCCAGGUGGUGCAGAGCCUGCUGCAGGAGGUGGAGGCGGUCUCCGACCAGCUCAAGGAGCUGCAGGUGCCAGCUGGCUCCGCGGCCUGUGGGCAGCAGCUGGCAGAAGUCGUAGAGCGGCUGCAGAGGCACGAGCUGUUGGAGGUCCAGGUCUCCGCCCACGGAACCCACGUCAGCCAUCUUGCCCAGCAGACCAGCCAGCUGGACUCCUCUGCUGGCGACAGUGUGCAGGUGCUGCAGGCCAAAGCCCAGGGGCUGACCCAGCUCCACCAGGGCCUGGAGUCUCUAGUCAGGGCGCGGCGCGCUCUGCUGGAGCAGGCCCUGCAGCGGGCAACGUUUCUGCACAGCUGUGAGGAGGAGGAAGCCUGGCUGAGGGAGUGCAGGCAGCUGGUGGAGACUGCGGCCCGGGGCGGGGAUCUCAGCCAGCUCUCCACGGCCCUGCAGAAGCACAAGGCCCUGGAAGCCCAGGUCCUCCGCCACCGGGACGUGUGCGCGGAUCUCGUGCAGAGGGGGCGCGAUCUCGGCCCCAGGGGACCUCUGACGCAGCCGGAUCCCCGGGCGCGGGCCGAGGCCGUGCAAGGCGCGUGGCAGCUGCUCCGGACCCGGGUGGCGGGGCUGGGCGCGCGGCUUCAGGCAGCCCUACUCGUCCAGCAGUACUUCGCGGACGCUGCGGAGGCGGCCUCGUGGCUGCGCGAGCGGCGGUCGCUGCUGGACAGCACAUCCUGUGGGCAGGACCAGGUGGGCGCCGAGGCCCUGAUGCUGCGCCACCUGCGGCUGGAGCGCGCGGUACGGGCUUUCGGGGCCGAGCUGCAGCGGCUGGACCAACAAGCGCGGGCGGCCGCUGCCCGGGCGUCGCUCACGGGGAAGUCCCCAGAAGGUUGGAGCAGGAUUGAUGGGGACAAGAGUGGGCGACCCCAGGGUGGGACCCAAAUCUUGGCAGCACCAGGCAGCCAGCACCCAUGGCCCCAGGUCCAGGCACACAUCACCUACAAAGGGGCGCACUUCACCUGGCUCCCAGGAGAGGCGCUGGAGCCAGGACGCCAGAAGGGCCCUGACACCUGGGAGCUGAAGGACCAGGAGGUCUGCCAGGCCAAGGUGGCCCUCAGCUUUGGUGUGGAGCAGGAGCCCCAGGCAACAUCUUCCCUGAUCCCUCUGGGAGAAGGCCCAAGGAACCAGGGGGCCUGGAGCACAUCUGACCCUGACUUUGACCCCAACACCAUACUCCAGACACAGGACCGCCUGAGGCAGGACUAUGAGGGCCUCCGGGCCCUGGCAGAGCACCGCAGGGCCCAGCUGGAGGAGGCAGUGGCCUUGUUUGGCUUCUAUAGCUCCUGUGAAGAUCUCCUGUCCUGGCUGGAGGACCAGAGAGGGCUGUUCCGAACACUGAGGCCCCAGGCCAACAACUUGGUGGUAGCGCAGCUCAAAUAUGAGAACUUCCUCACCACCCUGGCUGCAGGAAAGGGCCGCUGGGCUGAGGUCAGCAGCUCUGCUGAGCACCUGAAGCAGAUGUAUCCCGGGGACUCUGCACAGGUCCAGCAACAGCAGGAGGAACUGAGCCGGAGGUGGAGACAGCUGGAGGCCCUGACAAAGGAGAAGGAGGUGGAGCUAGCAGGCAUGGCAGAUGUGUGUGGCCUUCUGCAGGAGUGUGGCUCCACCCAGGCCCGGCUGCAGGACGUGAUACUCCGGCUGGAAGGCCUGGAACCGGGGAGGUCAGAGGGCAGCCUGCGUGUCCUACAAAUGGCCCAGCAGGAGAUGCUAGUGCUGGAGGGGAGGAUCCGCCACCUGCAGAGCAUGGCCAUGAAGUACAGGGUGGAGGCGUCGGGCCCCGCAGAGAGCCAGCCCCUGCGAGAACAGGUGGAGAUGCUGCGGGGGCUGCUGCAGCAAGCACAGGGGCAGGCUGCCCGUCAGGCCCAGGCCCAGGCUGAGGCGCAGGCCCGACACAGCUUCCUGAAGGAAAGCCGGCAACUGCUGCUGUGGGCAGAGGGAAUCCAGGCUCGGCUGCACAGCAAGAAGGAGGUGGUGGAUGUGGCCUUGGCCCAGCGGCUGCUGAUGGAGCACCAGGACCUGCUGGAGCAGAUCCGCCUGUGGCAGGAGAGGCUGCAGCAGCUGGAGGCUCAGGGCCAGCAUGUGGUGGCCUUGAACUCCCCAGGCUCCCAGGAGGUGGCCAGUGCUCUGGGGCUUCUGGGCCAGCAAAGCGGUGAGCUGAGGGCUGCCUGGGGGCAGCGACAACAGCAACUGCAGGAGGCGCUGGAGCUGCAGAGGUUUGGCCGGGAAGCAGCCGGUUUCACCGCUGCCUGUGCCAACCGUGAGGCCUUGCUGCAUCUGGACCGCCUCGGGGAGAACGUGGCAGAGGCCCAGAGCCUGCUGCAGCGACACCAGGAGUUUGAGUGGCUCCUGGGCAGCCUGGGCCCUCGGGCAGAGGCUCUGCAGGCACAUGGCGAAAAGCUGAUCCAGAGCCAGCACCCUUCAGCACACACGGUCAGAGAGCGGCUGCAGAGUGUCCGGGCACAGUGGACUAGGGUCCGGGAGAGGAGUGAGCAGAGGAGGAGGCAGCUGCUGGCUUCCCUCCAGCUCCAGGAAUGGAAGCAGGGCGUGGCAGAGCUGAUGCUGUGGAUGGAGGAGAAGGAGCUGAUGGCAGCAGAUGAGCCUGCCCCAGAGCCCAGGAAUAUCCUGCGGAAACUCAGGUGGCAUGAAGCAGCUGAGAGAGAGCUGCUGGCCACCCACAGGCACCUGGAGGACCUGCAGCAGGCUGGGAGAGAACUGUUGAGCAGUGGGCUCCACGCUCAGGAUGCCCAGGAGGACGUGCAGGCCAGGCUUCGGGGCCUGAGCCGCAAAUGGGAGGAAUUGAACUGCAAGAUAGCUGAGCGUGGGGACAAGCUCCGGCAGGCCAGACAGCAGGAGCAGCUCCUGGAGCUGCUGCAGGAAGCCGAAGAGAAGCUGGAGCAGCUAGAAGGGGCCCUGCAGGGUGCAGGAAUGGAGCAGGACCUGCGCCCAAGCCGGGAGCUGCAGAAACAGCACCGCAAACUGAAGGGCGAGAGCCAGGCUCUGGCCAGCAAGAUGGCUGCCCUCAGUUCCCAGGCCCACCAUGUGCUCAAUUUCCAGAGCUUCCUGGAGGAGCCCCAGGAGUACCUCCAGAGGCUGGAGUCCCUGCAUGGGCGCCUGGCCACGUGGCACCUGCAGCUGCAGGCUUUGGUUGAGCUGCACCAAUUCUACCACCUGAGCAACCUGGAGCUCACCUGGGUGGCCGAGCACAUGCCCAGUGCCAGCUCCACCAACUACACCAAGUGCCCAGAUGAUACCCAGCACCUUUGCCACAAGCACAAGGAGUUGCAGGCUGUGGUGAAAGGCCAUCGGGGACAGGUGCAGCAGGUGCUAGGCUCUGGACAGAGCCUCGCCACCUCGGGGCACCCCCAUGCCCAGAACAUCAGGGAGCAAUGCCAGAAGCUGGAAGGGCGCUGGGCAGAGCUGGAGCAGGCGUGUGCGGCAUGGGCCCAGUGCCUACAGCAGGCUGUUGCGUCCCGGCAGUAUUUUCUGGACGUGUCAGAGCUGGAGGUCUGGGUGGAGGAGAAGUGGCCACUGGUGAGCAGUCAGGAAUAUGGCAGAGACGAGGCUGCCACCUUCAGUCUCAUUAAGAAGCACCAGGCCCUACAGCAGGAACUGACUCUUUAUUGGAGCUUCAUGGAGGAGCUUGACCAGAGGGCCCAGACUCUCACUGGCCCUGAGGCCCCUGAGCAGCUGGGCUUGAGGCAGGAGAGGCUCUGGAAGCAGCUGCAGGCACUGCAGGUGUUGGCAGCCACACGGGACCAGGAGCUGGAGGGGACCUUGAAGCUGCAUGAGUUUAUGAAGGAAGCCGAGGACUUGCAGAGCUGGCUCACUAGCCAGAAGCAAGUGGCCAGAGAAGAAAGCCCCGGAGAGGACUACGAACACGUCCUGCACCUCCGGACCAAGUUUGCAACAUUUCAGCGCCAAGUGGAGAUGGGUGGUCAACGGGUGGCCGCCUGCCAGCAGCUAGCAGAGAGUCUGCUGGAGGCUGGGCCCAGUGCUGCCCCCAGGGUCCGUCAGAAGCAGCAGGACCUACAGGCUGCCUGGUCGGAGCUGUGGGAGCUGACCCAGGCCCAAGGCCUCCUGCUCAGAGAUGCCGAGAUCUCCCUCGGAGUUCACAGAGAUCUGUCGAGAGUGCUCGCCCAGAUCCAGGAGAAAGCCAUGAGCCUCCCAGAUGGUGUGUCCCAGGACCUGCGUGGGGCUGAGGCCCAGCUGAGGAGACAUGAGGGGCUGGAGUGUGAACUCACAGGCACCGAGCGGCAGCUGCAGGAGCUACUAGAGACUGCAGGCAGCGUGCAGAAGCUGUAUCCUGGGCCUCAGGCCAAUGCUGUGUGGCGGAGGCAGCAGGCUGUGCUGCAGGCCUGGGAGGCCCUGCGGGUGCGCAUGCAACAGCGCAGGGCCCAGCUGGAGCAGGCAUGCCUCCUGGCCCGCUUCCACACAGCGGUGCAGGACUACGGGUCAUGGGCAGCCAGUGUGCAGCAGGAAUUGCAGGUGGAGAAGAGGUCCCAGGACCCCAGCAGCGUUCCCCUAAAGCUCCAUGCCCACCAACAGCUUCGGGCUGAGCUGGAGACCCAGGAGGAGCUGCACCUGCAGGCUACCCAGUUGGGCCAGCAGGCACUUCUGACCUCAGCGCUGCCCACCAAGGAGGUCCAGGAAAGGCUGAGAGCCUUGCAGAACACACGGGAACAGGUGUUCCAGGCCUGGGAGCAGGAGCAGGAGAGGCUGCAGGCCAUGUACCGUGAGCAGCUCUUCCUCAGAGAGUGUGGCCACCUGGACAAGAUCCUCCAGGCCCAGGAGGUCUCCAUGAAAACCAGCACCCUGGGAAGGUCAGUAGAAGAGGUGCAGCAGUUGAUCCACAAGCAUGAGGCCUUCCAGAAGGUGCUGACUGCCCAGGACGGGAAGGAGAUGGCUGUGCGUGAGCAGGCGAAGGCGCUCCAGGCCCCCAGGGUGCAAGGCUUGCUGGUCAUGGUGCUGGAGCGACGCGCUCGCGUGAAGGACCUGGCGGAGAGGCGGCGAUGUGCCCUGCACACCUCCCUGCUGACAGCCAGCUUCACCAGGGCCGCAACCCAGGCUGAGGACUGGAUCCAGGAGCGGGCCCAGCAGCUGAAAGAGCCUGUCCAUCCUGGGGACCUGAAAGAUAAUUUGAAGCACCUGCAGAAACACCAGGCCUUUGAGGCUGAGGUCCAGGCCCAUGAGGAAGUCAUAAUCUCUGUCGCCAAGAAGGGUGAGGCUCUCCUGGCGCAGGGUCCUCCUCAGGCGGGAGAGGUCUCACAGAGGCUGCAGGCACUGCACGGGCACUGGGAGAAGCUGAGGCAGGCUGUGGCACUCCGCGGCCAGGACCUGAGGGGCAAGCAGGACCUCCUGGAGUUCCUGCAGAGAGUGGACCUUGCAGAGGCCUGGAUCCAGGAGAAGGAGGGGAUGCUGAACGUCAGCGAGCUGGGCCAGGACCUUGAGCACUGCCUGCAGCUUAGCAGGCAGCUCUGCACGUUCCGAGGCACCUUGGCUGGGGUAAGGGGGCCCUGCCUGGGGAGAGGUCAGCCGUGGCCUCCACUUUUGGGAAAAACUUCAGCAGUGACAGAGCAAGGAGCCCUGGUAGCGCAGUGGAAUGACGCCCUCAUCAGAAGCAUCAAUGACUUGUCGCUGCAGCUCAAGAUCCGGGACCCCGACCAGGUCCAGAUCAUCUACCAGCGGCGAAACCAACUCAACAACAGGUGGAAUAGUUUCCAUGGCAACCUGCUCCGGUACCAGCGGCAGCUUGAAGGGGCACUGGAGAUACACACGUUGUCGCGUGAGCUGGAUGACGUCACUGGGAGGAUCGCAGAGAAGAGCACCCUGGCUCAGGCCCUGGACUGCGGGAAAGAUCUGGAGAGCCUGGAGAGGCUGCUGCAUAAACAUGAGAAGUUGGAGCAGGAGAUGGGCCUCAUCCAAGGCCAAGUGGAGCCCCUGGAGAGUAAGGUGGUCCACCUCUGCCAGAGAAGCCCAGGGGCAGCUCACAGCCUUGGCCGCAAGCAUCGGGAGAUGAUGGACAGCUGGCAGCAGCUCCAGAGCAGGGCCCAGAAGCGGAAGGAGCUGCUGGAUGCCUCGCGCCAAGCUCAGACACUCCAAGGGAUGCUGCAGGAAUUGCUGGCCUGGGCCCGGGGCCUGCGGGCUGAGAUGGACAACGGAAGCCCUCCCAGCAGCACUGCAGAGGCCCAGCGUAGGUUAGAGGAGCACCAGGAGCGAAAGGCCGAGCUGGACUCUCGAACAGACAACAUCAGCCUGGUCCGAAGCACUGUGCAGCGGCUGCUCCCAGCUGGGCACCCCUGUACCCCUGGCAUUCACCAGGCCCUGGCUGGUUUAGAACAGGAGCUGAGCAGCCUGGAAGGGGCCUGGUGGGAGCACCAGCUGCAGCUACAGCAGGCCCUGAAGCUACAGCUGUUUCUGAACUCCGUGGAGGAAAUCGAAAGUUGGCUGUGCAGCAAGGAGGCUUCCCUAGCAAGCGAGGACCCGUGGGACCCCUUGGCCAAUGUGGAGACUCUCCUAUGGAAACACAAGGUGCUUGAGCGGGGCCUGGAGGCUCAGGCAGGAAAGAUCAGCUCACUGGAGGCUGCAGCCCACAGCCUGCACCAGAGUGGACAUCCCGAGGCCCAGAGUGCCCUGGGCAGGUGCCAGGCUGUGCUCCUGAGGAAAGAGGCUGUCCUGGAGCGAGCUGAAAUCCGCCACCACCAGCUGGAGGAGCUCCAGCAGCUGCAGACAUUCCUGCAGGAUUCCGACCAGAUGGUUGUGUGGCUGAGGGAGAAGAACCAGGCGGCCCUGGAAGAGGGUUCGCAGGACUCGGCAGCGUUGCAGACACAGUUGCGGAAGCAGCAGAACUUCCAGGCCGAGCUGGACUCGAUCGCACACCACGAACAGAGGCUGCAGACGGAGGGGCAGAGGCUGCUGCAGAGGGGCCACCCGGCCUCGGAGACCAUCCAGGCUCAGCUGCAGGAGCUGGGUGACCUCUGGGACGAGCUGCAGGCCAACUGCAAGAGGAAGGUGGCCAAGCUCCAGGAAGCCUGCAAGGCCCAGUGUCUACAGCGGAGCAUGGAGGAGCUGGAGAGCUGGCUGGAGCCCGUGGAGGCCAAGCUACGAGCCCCUGUUGGAGAGCAGGACCUUCCCGGGGUGGGCAAGCUCCUGGAGGCACAGAGAGACCUAGAGGCAGCAGUAGAUGGACAGGCCCAACAGGCUAGGACCAUGCUGGCCCAGGCCCAGGCCUUCGCAUGGGAAGAGCACUGCCGUGACGUGGAGGAGCAGGCCCGGCUGCUGUUUCAGAGGUUUGAGAGUCUGAGGGAGUCUCUGCAGGAACGCCGGGCAGCCCUGGAGGCCCGGAGCCUUCUCUACCAGUUCUUCAGGGACGCCGACCAGGAGAUGGCCUGGGUGCAGGAGAAGCUGCCCCUGGUCGCGGCCCAGGACUGUGGCCAGAGCCUGAGCACUGUGCGGCGCCUGCAAGAGAAGCACCAGAACUUGGAGCGUGAGAUGUGCAGCCACGAGUCCCUGACCCGCAUGGUAGUAGGCACAGGGCACAGGCUGGUGCAGGCUGGGCACUUCGCUGCCCGUGAGGUGGCUGCCCAGGUGCAGCAGCUGGAGAGCACUAUGGGCUGUCUGCGGGCGGAGGCAGAACGGAGGAGGCUCCUGCUACAGCAGGCUGAGGAGGCCCAGCAGCGCCUAACAGAGCUCCUGGAGGCAGAAUCCUGGCUGGCGGAGCGGGGUUCUGUCUUGGACAGCAAGGACAUGGGCCAGGAUGCCGAGGGCACACGGGCGUUCCUGCGACUGGUGGAGGCCACCAGGAGAGAUCUGGAGGGGUUCAGCACACACAUAGAGAGGCUGCAGGAGACAGCCGAGCUCCUGGAGAGCAGACAGAACCCAGACAGUCCCAAGGUGCUGUCGCUGCUGCGGGUGGUGAGGGAGGCCCACGCAGAGCUGCUACAGAGAGCAGAGGCCCGGGGGCAGUGCCUGCAGGAGAAGCUGCAGCUGUACCAGCUGGAGCAGGAGGCCCUGCUUCUUGAUGCCUGGUUGGUCAGCAAGGUGGCCACAGCCGAGUCCCAGGACUAUGGGCAGGACCUGGAGGGCGUCCAGGUACUGGAAGAGAAGUUUGCUGCUUUCAGAAAGGAAGUUCAGAGCCUGGGGCAGGCCAAGAUGCAGGCCCUGAGGGAGCUGGUGGGCUCCCUGGAAGAGGGUGCACCCAGGUGCUAUUCCCAGAUUCAAGCCCACAAACGUGGUAUCGAGGCCACUUGGGAGAGGCUGGACAGGGCUAUAAAAGCCCGCACAGAGAACCUGGCUGCAGCUCACGAGGUCCACGGCCUCCACAAGGCAGCGGCCGUGCUCCAGGGCUGGAUGCAGGAGAAGGCCGCCAUGAUGGAGGGAGCCGGCUGUGGCCACAACCUGCUGUCUGUGCAGGCCCUGCAGCACCAGCACCGGCACCUGGAGAGAGAGCUGGCAGCUGUGGAGAAGGAGGUGGCACAGGUGGGGAUGGAGGCCAGCCAACUACGCCAGCUAUACCCUGCAGCCCAGGAGGGCCUGGCUGAGCGGCUGGCCAAGGUGCAAGAGGCCUGGGCCACCCUGAAUACGAAGGCUCGGGAGCGGGGCCGGCGGCUGGAGCAGGCUGCCCAGGGCCACGCCUUCCUCCAGCGCUGCCAGGAACUGCUUGUGUGGGCUCAAGAGAAGCAGGCGCUGGUGCCCUGGCAGGAGCUGGCACCUUCUCAGGAGCUGGUGGGGGCCAAGCAGCUCUCCAGGCAGCAGGAGGAACUGGGGCAGGAAAUCACAGAGCUCUGCCUUCGAGCCCAGGAUGUGUGGCGGGAAGGGCAGCAGCUGCUGGACAGCAGCCACUUCAUGUCCCCAGAGGUCACAGAGCGUCUGCAGGAGCUGGACAGGCAGCUGCAGGAGCUCCAGGAGGCCUGGACCAGGCACCAGCAGCACUGCCAGGACAGCCAGGGCCUGUGGGAGCUGCAGCAGAUGCUAGACCAGGCCGAGGCCUGGCUGACCCCCCGGGAGGGCCUCCUGCUGGACCCUGACUGCGGGCACUCGGUGUGGGAUGUGGAGCUCCUGCUCCGCAAGCAUCAGGACUUAGAAAAGUGGCUGGCAGCCCAGGAAGAGAAGUUUGACCAACUACAGAGGACAGAGAAAGCAGCUUCUACAGCCACCCUUGACCUCGAGGGAGCCCAAUGUGGGAGGCAGAGGGACCACCAUGGCAUGAAACACACUUUCACUUUGAGGCUAGGCGGCGGGGUGGAGCAUCUCCUUCCGGCUCCAUCAGAAGGACAGGCUGAGAUCUGGCUGCGAGCCCUGAGCAGUGCAGAAGCCCGGAGUUUGAGCCCAGAACUCAAAGCCAGACCUCUCAGCCUCCUCCAUGAGAGCGUUGCUGAGAGCUUGCCCAGCACAGCCUCUCAGCUCAGAUCCACACAGCCCUUCAAGUUCCCUCAGACUGGUCCUGCUGAGGAAACUGCACACGACUCUGAACGCCUUCCCCACUCCAGCUAGACCCGUGGUAUGGGCCCAGAAGCAAAUCCUGAGCUGGCACCAAACCCCAAGGCUACAAACAAAGACAGCCUCUAGGAGACCCGAACAAGACUCAGCUACAGGCAUAACCCCAGACCCAGGU